UCACCUGGCGGCCCUGGGCCCAAGGCGGGCGGCGGGGACCUGGGCCCGGGCCGGGCGGCCGAGAUGUCCGCGCCCGGCCGGUGGGCGCCCCUGCUCCUGGGCCUGCUGCUGACCGCUCCAGGGGGCUCCCGUCUAGCCCCUCCUCGGAACGUGAUGCUGCUCUCCCAGAACUUCAGCGUGUACCUGACGUGGCUCCCUGGGCUUGGCAACCCCCAGAACGUGACCUAUUUUGUGGCCUAUCAAAGCUCUCCCACCCCCAGGAAGUGGCAAAAAGUAAAAAAGUGUGCAGGAACCCGGGCACUGGUGUGUCCCCUCAUGUGCCUGAAGAAACAGGACCUGUACAACAAGUUCAAGGCUCGUGUGCAGGCGGCUUCUGCCCGUGUCCGGUCCCCUUGGGUGGAGUCUGAGUCCCUGGAUUACCUUUCUGAAGUGGAACCAGCCCCGCCCAUCCUGGUGUUCACCCAGACCAAGAAGAUCCUGAGGGUCAACGCCACCUACCAGCUGCCCCCCUGCAUGCCCCUUGUGGACCUGAUAUACAAGGUGGAAUUCUGGAAGGAGGGCACCACAAACAAGACAGUAUAUCCAGCCACCCCACAUGGCCAGACAGUCCAGGUGCCCCUACCGCCAGCCACCAGCGGACGCUACUGUCUCAGCGCCAGAACCAUCUACACCUUCAUUUCCCCUAAAUACAGCAACUUCUCCACGCCCAUCUGCUUCUUCCUGGAGGCCCCAGGACCCAUCUGGACAGUCCUGGUGUUGCCGUCACUUCUGCUGCUGCUGCUGGUGGUGGCCUCGGUGGGUAUGAUCUGGAAGAGUCUUCAGGGAAACCCCUGGUUUCGGCAGUCCAAGAUGCCACAGGCCCUGGACUUUUCUGGAUGCAGACGCUCUGUGCUAACCUUCCAGUCCAGUGGACCGGAGUCCCUAGAUGACUUAUUCCUCUGUCCCCAAAAGGAACUCAUCAGAAAGGUCAGGCCGGCCCCUCAGGUCAGGGCCUCAGACGCUCUGAAGGCAGGGUCAGAAGAGAAACUGACUGAGGACGAAGAUGACAAUGUCAGCUUCCAGCCCUACAUUGAACACCCCACCUUCCUGGGUCAAGAGCUCCGGGUCUCAGGGCACUCUGAGGCAGAUGGGUCCGGCGUGGACUCAGGAAGGCCCUGGACACUUGUGGUCCCUGGAGAAGGCUCCUCUGCUUGGGAUUCUUCAGACGGGAGCUGGCCCAGCACCGUAUAUUCCUCACCCUGGGACGAGGCUGGGUCCUCCAGCUAUUUGGCCAAGAAGCGGCCGGGUCAAGGGCUUAGCCGGGACCAGCAUCCGGAGCUUCUUCCAUACCCAGAAUUCCCUGAGGACUUGGGCUCCCUGGAAGAGCCCCUGCAGGGUGACCUCUUCGGGUGGACCACCUGGGGCUCCUCCUCCCCAGGGAGGAAUCUGCUCCCCGGGGAGCCCCAGGUUUCUCUUCGGACACUGACCUUCUGCUGGGACAGCAGCCCAGACGAGGAGGAAGAGGAGGGUGAGAGGGAGGCGGAGGUGGAGGGCCAGCUCAGUCCAGUGGACUGGAGCACCGACAGCUCGGGGGCCGGGGGCUGCCAGAGGACCGAGGUCAGGAGUGGGGUGCUGGGGCACUACAUGGCCAGGUGAGCGGGCCCUGGUUUCCCCGCCAACCUCGCGCUGCAGCUUGGCUGCCCCACUGCCCUGGAACCCAGACACCAGAGUCCUGAGAGCCUAGCCUCCCUCCCUGGCUGAAGCAGCAGAGGGUCUCCCAGCACUUCGGGGGUCCCCUCCAGAGGCUGGCUGGCAUCUGGGCUGAGUGGUAGGAUGCCACCUUUCCUAGGAGGCACCAGCGUUAGGCCCAGCUGCAGGAGGGAUGGAGACAGGGUGGGCCGUGAUCAGAGGUCUGUUGGGUGUCAGGUCAGAGCAUUGCCCUGGGUGACAGGCAGGGUCAGGUCACUGUGGAUGUCAAGGGCUGACACCAUCAAGGGAUCAUCUGGGAGGGAAAGGGAUAGUCACACUGGAGGGACAUCUGGUGGGCCAGGGUCUCCUGCCUUUCCCAGCCUGGAGCUCCCUCGUCCUGCAAGUCUCAUCCUCCUGAUUGGCUGAUUGGGGAGUCCCCUAGAGUGGGCCCCUGAUCAAGAUCCAAUUGGCUGAGGGAGCUGCAGGGAAGGAAAGGGAAGCUGUCCUUCAGAGCCUGAUUUUCAGAGUCACACAUUGCAGACUUUUUAAUAUCAGACAGAUCUGGAUUCGAAUCCCUGCCCUGCUGUUUACCAGUUGGGUGGCUGCGUAAGUCCCCCUCAUUAUCUACCUCAGAUUCUCCAGGGGCAGCCACCAACUAGGGGUGGUGAGGCUCAGGGGGAUCUCUGAUGUGUGUGGCAUGGGGCCUGCCACAUCACUGGUGCUGCCUCCAUAGUGGCUGGCAGGCUCCUCCUUCUACACAGGCUCCAAGGAGACCCCAGACAUCCUCAUCCCAGCCACCAGGAAUACCUGCCUUUUAGCCUGUGGCACCUCUGUGCUCCGCCCCCACACACACUUCCACCCUUGCUGGUCCUGCACGUCCAGGCCAGGGGACUGAGCUCACAGAAGCCAGAGUCCCGUCAAGGGCAGCCCCGGCCGCUCCUCUUCCCAGCAGUAGGAGCCCUGCUUCCCAUGGCAGGAACCCCCGUGACCCGCCUUGCAGGGGCCCCAAGCAGGGCCUGGACUCCAGGACCCGUGAUCCCUGUUUUGGACAGCACUUGGGAUACUGUUGCCUGCUGUGGCUGUAAAGGGGUCCCAGGUUCCUGCUCUACUGGGAGCAGGUGGCUGUCCUUUCCAGGGAGGGGGAUCGUCAAUUCCCCUACCCCCACCAGGAUGUGGCCAGGCAGAGCUGAGUGGCUACCCCCAGGAUGGACAUUUUUGAGUGUUUCCAGGCUGAGGAUCUGGACAGCUGUGACUGGGCAGCCCAGGCCCUGCCACUGAACCUGCGAGGACCUCACUGGGAAGGAGGACCCUCCCGGGCAGCGUACCCAGGGAGCAGCAUUGUGCUGGAGCAGCUGAGGACACAGUGGUGCUCAGGACUCGCAGUCUGCUGCCAGGUGUUCUCCUGUCCCAUUUCCGGGAAGCUGAGGUCCCGAGUGGCAAAGGCACUUGCCCAAGGUCACCCAGUAGCAUUUCUCUGGUGACUUACACCAUGUACUCCCAGUGGUGAAAUCCAUGGUCUCUGCCCAGCCAAGCCAACCCUUGACCCCUUGGCCAUCUCAACAAGAUAUAGAGGUCUCUGCCAGAAUUUCCAAAGGCCAGUAAGCUGGCAGGAGGCCCUCACCAGCGUCCACACGCACACACACACGGGCACACACACAUCUCCCUGGGAAUUUGACCUUCAGUGAGACUUAUCCACAUGAUUGUAACCAUGGCUCCGGGAAGGCCAUGGCUAAGGGUCAGGUCCUGGAGACCCCCGACCCAAGACUGAGGUUCUAUCUGGGCCUGCAUUGAGAUGCUUCAUGAAGGUAAUUUCAGAAAACUCGAGGUUGUCAUGGCUACAGUGUUAUCUCAGGCUUGAACAAAAUACCCUUUUGAUUUCUAUUCUUUAAUCUUGAUGUUUUUAAAAGGGUUUUUCCCCCCCGAUGUUGAAUUUCUGGGGUUUUUCAUGACUCUAAAUUCCAACUCCUUUCCAGUCAUUAACAACAACGACAAAAAACUCGGGAGGUGCAGGGGGAUCGCCUCUGACAUGAGGAAAGGGCACACUACGCAGGAAAGUGUGUGUGUGUGUGUGUGUGUGCGCGUGCGCGCACGCGUGUGAGCAUCUGAGGGUUUACAAGGUUCUCUCACCUACACAGCAGCUGCGGGUGGGUGGCCCCCCCCUUGAAGGGCAUCGGGGAAAUGUGUGUCACCUCAGGUUAAAGUGUUAUAUUGUUCUUUUGAGUGCUGAGAAGAUUAUAUAUUAUCUUGAUAUAUUUAUAUUUAUGUCUAAUUUUAUUCUUUGUAUUGUAUUUAAAUAAUACCCUAAUGGUCUAUGACCCCAAACUGUUUAAAUAAAGAGCUGUAUUUUUAUAGAGAAAAA